CGUAAAGUAGGUGGUACUAGUGCGUCAAAGAGAACGCUGCCCUCAGGGGACUUUCUACUCAGUCUCCACAUGUCCACAUAAAAGAAAUAGGAGAGAAGGACACUUUAAGCUUUGUAUAUUUGCACAUGUAGAAUGUGGAGCUCCUCCUCCUUCUUCUUCUUCCACCGUGUGGACACAAAACUUCUCCAGCAGCAGGAGCUCCAGGAAGAAGCGAGGCAGCAGCAGAGGAACAACAUCUAAAGACCCUUUUACACAACAUGCCUUUAUUCUAGAAAUGUAAGAGAGUCAAUCAAGGACUGAUCCUUCUGGAGUACAUUCAAAGUGGAAACAUAUAAUUCAUAAGAGGAUAUUGGUUUUAAAAGGAUACAAACACUGCUUUUUCCAAAGAAAAAGUGAUUCUUUGGUAAGACUUGGUAUCUUCUAUCUACUUCAUAUCAUCAGGAGGCCGCUGCAGCCCUGGAGCACAAGAUGCUGGAGCUGGUGAGGCUGGAGCCGUGAUGACAGAGCCCAUCCUGCAGGGUCUCUGGGAGUCGGUGAGAUCCGGUCAGGAGCAGAUCCUGCUGUCUCCGUACCUGCCCGCGUCCUUCGCCUUCUUGAUUCAUGUCCUGCUGAGCGCUCCGUUCCUCGCGCUGGACGCCCUGGGGGGUGUCAGUCAGCGGGUCCGGUCCUGGAGGAUCUCCGCGGGCUCCGGUCCUCCGCCGUCUCUCCGCCGGUGGUUUGACUGUUUGUGGAGCGUGCUGUUCAAAUAUGUCACCGCCGUGUUCCCGGCCACCGUGCUGAUCCACGCGCUGUUCCACGCACUGAGGAGCCCCGCGCUACCGCAGCUGGCUCCGUCCUGCUGGCAGCUCUUCGUGGAAGUCUUCGCGUGUUUGCUGCUUUUCGACCUGCUCUUCUUCAUAUGGCACAUCUGUCUGCACCGGGUUCCCUGGCUGUACCGCAACGCCCACCAGCUGCACCAUCAGUACCACAUACCCUUUGCUCUGGCUGCUCAGGACAGCGGCUCACUGGAGCUGCUGUCUCUGCUGCUGCUGGCUCUGAGCAGCGCCUGGGUGGUGGGCUGCCACCCUCUGAGCGAAGCCUUCUUCCACCUCAUCAACAGCUGGCUGGCGGUGGAGGACCACUGUGGCUACGACCUGCCCUGGGCUCUGCACAGACUGCUGCCCUGCCUGGGAGGAGCCCCCUACCACCAAGCCCACCAUACUCUCCACAGUGUCAACUACGCCCCCUACUUCACCCACUGGGACCUCCUCUUUGGCACGUACCGUGCACCAGUGCAGUAUACGCGUCCAAAGUGACAAAACUGUUGCAUAUGGGGACUGUUGCAUUCUGAGGGCGGCAGUAGCUCAGUCUGUCACUCACUCUGUGUAGUAGCUGCCCACUGCUCCUUAUACACUAGGAGGGGUAAAUUUGACUUUGUGCUGCGCUGUGAUAAGUACAAUGUGUGCCAAUAAAAUUGGAUUUACAUUUACAUAUAUCAAACUGAGGAUUGCUCAAGUUCCAGCAAAGCUGUCAAGGAUGCAAUGAAGGAUAUUUUCUGCAGAUGUUGGUUGUUCCUGAUCAGCUUUUGAUACGCACGCUUCAUGAGGAAUAUGUCAUCCCAAAGUUACAGCAAACCAACCAUUGCCAUUUCAGGCACACAUCCUACAGUGUCAAGACAUUUUGAGAGAGGGGGGACGGCUGGAGUUCGGUGGGUAGAGGGGGUUGUCCUAACCACAAGGUUGGCGGUUUGAUCCCCAGCUUUCAGUGUCCACAUGUCCACAAGUGUCCUUGAGCAAGACGAUGAACCCCAAGUUGCUUAGCAGCAGCCCCCUUCUCCUAAUGCCUAGGGUGGGUUAAGGAGACCAAAGCUACAGUCUCCCCUGUGUCUUCUGACCACGGCCGGGGGGGCUGGAGCAGGAAGAGUUGACACUGUUUAACAGACGGGCUUCACUAGAUAGAACUUUGCGGUUUUGAUGCUUCUGUGUAGUUUGUGUUGUUUGAACAGCGUAGCCACCCGCGAGCGCGCAUGGGACACCGACCCGCAAUGAUAUAUACGUGUUAGGAUUUACAAACAGUGCCUUUAAAUUCCACGUAUUAUGAGGAUUGUAAUAAAGUUUAAGUUGAGUUGUGACCACAAAAUGCCAUUUAUAAUAAAAAUGAUUGAAAUCUGUAUAAUGUUCUAAACAAGACUACAUUAUCUGUUUCCUCGUCAGUGAUCUAAGUUGUUGAUGACUAAGUUCAUGGACAAACAUCAUGUUCAGGUGCAGUAUUUACAAUGUGAAAACUAACAAUGGCAUUUAAACGCUAAUUUCUCCAGCUGUUCUGUAGCAAGUGAAUGCAGCAUGAGAUGACGCAAUAAAUCAUGACAAUGAAAUAAUG